AUGGCGACCACUGUAAUAACCGACCCAUUGGCCUCUACAACCUCUGAAUCUCCUCCGUUACCCAAUUCAAAGAGCUCAAGCCAUCAACCUGAGCUUGAAUUCGCAGGCUGUGAUUGCUGUGGCCUCAAAGAGGAGUGCACCCCUGCAUAUAUAGCCAUGGUUAGAGAGAGAUUCAAUGGAAGGUGGAUCUGUGGCCUCUGCUCUGAAGCUGUAAAGGAUGAGGUUUUCAGGUCGAAUAGGUUAAUGGGUACUGAGGAAGCCAUUGCUGCCCAUAUGAGCUUCUGCAAAAAGUUCAGUUCCUCCUCUCCGAUCAAUUCCACCGAGCAUUUGAUCGAAGCCAUGAAACAACUCCUCAGAAGAAGCUUGUAUGAAAAAAAAAGUUUGGGAUCGACGCCAAAUAGCCCCAGAAUCAAAGGCGAGCUUCGACGCUCUUCACUUCCCCGCUCUGGAAGUUGCAUAUCAUCCAUAACUACAUGA